AUGUCGAAGAUCCCCCCAGCGCAGCUCUCUGAGGCCAUCCAGGCCGUCCUCACCGCCCGCAAGGAGCGCAAGUUCAAGGAGAGCAUUGACCUGCAGGUGAACCUCAAGAACUACGACCCGCAGAAGGACAAGCGCUUCUCCGGCUCAGUGCGCCUUCCGCACGUCUGCCGCCCGCGCAUGACCGUCUGCCUGCUGUGCGACCUCGUGCACGAGGACGUCGCCAAGAAGAACAACGUGCCGACGAUGAACCAGGAGGAGCUGAAGAAGCUUAACAAGAACAAGAAGCUCGUUAAGAAGAUGUGCAACCAGUACGAUGCCUUCCUGUGCUCUGAGUCCAUCAUCAAGACGGUGCCGCGUCUGGUGGGCCCUCACAUGCAUCGUGUUGGCAAGUUCCCGACGGUGUGCGCGAUGAGCGAGAGCCUGCCGGAGAAGGUGGUUGAGCUGCAGUCGACGGUGAAGUUCCAGCUGAAGAAGGUACUCUGCCUCGGCACCUGCGUCGGCCACGUCGAUAUGAAUGAGGACCAGGUGCGGCAGAACACCGUCAUGGCGCUCAACUUCCUGGUGUCGCUCCUGAAGAAGAACUGGCAGAACCUCAAGUCGGCGUACAUCAAGUCAACGAUGGGGAAGCCGCAGCGCAUUUACUAA